UGAGACAUCAUCUGAAAAAUGCGUUAUAGAAGUGGACAUAGUCCCUGACUCUACAAUGUGUGAAGAAAACAUCUACCACAUAAACAUGGACACAAAAAAGAAGAAAAAGGCUAAAGCUAAAGAAACACCAUCGAUCGCAAUUCUUUGUCAGAGAAGGCGGUAGCAGCAGAGAUCUCCUCCCCGUCACCACAUUUGCUAAAGAAAUGGAGGAGUACAACCAGUUUGUUGCUGGAAAGGCACAGCGAGCACAGCUCCGAAAAGAAGCUGAAGAGAAGCACCUUAAUGUGAUAAAACGCAGUACUCAGGGCUCUAGAUUGAGUGAGAUGAUAACUGGUGGAUCCUUAUCUUUAGAUAAGUCACACUUUGAGCGGUACAUAAUUGUAACCAACAAAUCACAUCAAAUCCACUUUGAAUCUCUAGGUUUUCUGGUUGAGCUCAACCCAAUAGCUGUUUUGGACUUUGAUCCAGAAUCAGCUGAAGAUGGGCUACAAUUUCACUUUAAAAAACUGAGCACAGUGAAUGACCAUCUACCAGCACAGUAUAAAAUAACAGAAGGAGUUGAGGACAUUGCAAACAAGUUGAAAUUAACUCGAAUCACCAGCUGGGUGUUCUGCAAUGGAAGGAUUCCGAAAGAGGAACCCUCAGACAUUGACGAGUGGUUGAUGGACAAGGGGUCCUCCAUUCGAGAUGUGAUUUCAUUCUUGUGUCGGAAAGAUGUGCUUCCAAACAAGAGAUUCCUGGUCAUUUUCUUACUUUGGUCAACAGUGAGCGAGAAGAUGGACCCUCUUGUUGAGACUUUCAGUACGUUCUACCAGGAGCUCAAAGGGACCGAGCAGAUCCUUUGUAUAUGUGACAAUGAAAAUGCAUUUACCUCCUGGAAGAACCUAGUUGAUGCUCGGUGCAAUAUCAAUAUUGCUCGUAAAUGCAUUCAUGAGCUCAGUUUCCCUGAAGUGAACGGCACUGUCCUUAGUCUUUUGUCAAAAAAUCGCAGAUCCAGCCGUUUCCUACCAUGUGGUGGAGGAAGUAACGUACUUCUUGAGAAGAAAGUGGAGCGUGAUCUGAAUACCUUGGAGGUAUUAUGUGUGAACCAAUGUGAAGGAGGAAACGAGGACAAAAUUAUGAUAGAGGAGAACUUCUACAAAGGAGGACCAGUGUCAUGGUGGAAUUUCUACUUUUCAGAGCAGCCUGGAUCCAUACCGUUUAUCAAACGAGACAAGUUUGACUUCAUCGUGAACACAGUCAUACCCGAUUUGUGCUCCCUGGGAAAAGCCUGCGUGUUGUUCAACCUCAUGCAUCUGCCUGGAUGUGGUGGGACAACUUUGGCCAUGCAUACUUUGUGGGCUCUCCGGGACAGAUUCCGUUGUGCUGUCCUCAGAGACAGGAACGCUGACUUUGCUGAAGUUGCUGAUCAAGUGGUCAAACUGUUAAUGUAUGUCCACGAGGAGCAAUUACCCCAGGUGCCUGUUUUGCUGAUGAUUGAUGACUUUGACGAUAAAGACAAAGUAUUUGACUUGCAGCAGGCCAUUGACGAAGAAUGUGCAAAGAAAAAUAUUCAGUCCAAGUCUGCACAAGUAAUUCUUCUGAAUUGUAUGAUGUCAGAGUCCUCUGAACAGACUGAACACACUGAGGAGUCCGUAUUCAUUGGAAACAAUCUCUCUGAGAAGGAGCAGAAACUGUUUGAGGAAAAACUCGUGGCAAUAGAGAAAGAACACAAGAAUGCAGACACGUUCUAUGGAUUCAUGAUCAUGAAGAAGAACUUUAAGCCAGAGUAUGUUCAGGGUGUGGCCCGCAAAACCCUGAAGAGCUUCAACAUGAAUGAGAAACAUGCACAGCUCUUGGCUGUUUUAGUUCUGUUGAAUGUGUACUGCAAGGGAUCCUCGCUCUCCAUCUCUCUGUGUGAGGAAUUUCUUGGUCUUCAACCAAAACCAAUCUGUGGAACCAUCAAAGUCGAAGACAGCUUUGGGAAAUUCUCCACAUUAGUUGCCUCCUGCACAGUUGAGGGUAAGGUAGUUUUCAAAGCUGUGAAAAUGAUCCAUUCAAGUAUUGCGAGGCACUGUUUGCAGGAACUAACAACAACAACAUACAAUGUAACCAAAGCUGAGAUUAUGGACCUCCUGCUGACCACAGACACGCUUUAUGAGAGCACACAAGGCAAAGACAACCUUCUGAAAGACGUUCACCAAAUUUUGGUGAAGAGAUAUUAUUCUGUGGAUGAAUCUCAGUUUUCUCCUCUAAUUCAAGACAUUGUAAGUGAGAGCCCAGGACUGGAAGAGAUGGUGCUACAAAACGCAUCAAAACGAUUUGAGAAAGAUGCAGUUGUCUCCCAGUUACUAGCCAGGUACUAUUACCUGAAGAAAAAGGAUUUCUUUGAGGCGGAAGCUUGGGCAUCGAGAGCAAGAGCACUUUCCAAAGACAGCUCAUAUUUUGCUGACACCUCAGCGCAGGUUGUUAAGCACGGGCUGAAGAAUGCCAUCGCAAACUACAAGGAAGGACCCAUAAGUCCUGAAAAACUGGAGAUUUUUCUCAAAAUGGCUCAGUCAGCAACUGAUGCCUUCAAGGAAACACAGAGCCUUGCCAAGAAAGAGUCGAGUCAGCGAGUACGCUCUUUUAAUACAGCGGGGUGCCUGGGAGAAAUUCAGGUUGGGGUACUUGUCAUUGAAGUGCUGGCAAAUACUCCUGUAUUUGCCUUUGACAAUGUGCGCCAUGACCUAAUGAGUACGGUUCUCUCUGGAGAUGUGAAACUUGAGGACGUGGAGAAAAGUGAUAAAAGGCACAACAAACACACACAAUACUACAAAAUCCUCAAACAGUUUAAGGAUUUUCUCUACAGCCUGAAAUAUAGGAUGAAGGAGAACUUUGACUUCCUUGACAACUUUUCUGUGAACUUGGGCUCCAGAUCUGGAAUGAAAGAUAGUCGUGAGCAAGUAGCCCAAAGAGAGCUUUUCAGAUGCUUCAGAAAGUAUGCAGAGCUUUUCUGCAAGAUGGAUUCGGCAGCUCUCUUGAGAAAUAAAGCCAUGUCUUCCAUGCUGAAACUACACGAAGAAAGACAAUACUUGGAGAAGAACAAAGCUGAUACCUUCUCUGGAAUUCUGAAUUGUCUCUCAAAUGGUACACCACAUGACAUUAUGGAGAGGAUUGCCAAACUGUCACAUUCGGUCUGUGCAUCUGAUAGGCCGACUGUGAAGGAGAGAAUCAACUUAAUCUACAUUAAUGUUGUCUUGAGUUGUAUCAAACCGGCAUCAAGACUAAUUCUGCCCUACAAGAUGCUAAUUGAUCUCCUUUGCCAAGUUCUGCGGGAGCAAAUCCCAUUAAGUGAGAACUUACCACUGCACUUCAUUGCAGUUGUGCUGUUUUGGCCACAGCACCGCUCUGCAGAGGUGUUACUGUGUAACAAUCUGGGGAGGCUCAUCUCACAGAUCAGGACCUCUUAUCACAUGGUGAUGAAGGAAGUGUUCAACGGCAAAAGACCCAUUGUCCAUUUCAUCCUGGGGAAGAAGCAGGGCUAUGAACGACUGGUACACCUAGGGGAGAUCAGAAGGUACGUCAGGGCUGGGGAAGAAGAUUUCACAUUAAUGUGGGAAAAUGGAAAAAUAUGGCAAGAGAAGCAGGUAAAGGAGCGCCUCUGCAGGUUAACUGGCCAAGUGAGGGACAAGAGGAUUCUGGCAGAUACUUGUAUCCCAGGUCUGAAGUUGGAAAUCACCCCAAUGUUUCAAAGUCAGCUUAGUGGGCAUGCCCAGGAGACCGAAGUGUCCUUCUUUAUCGGUUUCUCGAUGAAAGGCCCGGUUGCACUCGACAUUAAGUGAACUUUGAAAGCAGCCUGUUCCAACAUGCUGUAUCUUUCAGCUAUUAAUUGUGGACUCAUCGGUGUCAUUACACACUUGCAAUAUUAAUGAAUGUAACACAAUAUUAUGUUUUUUUGUGCAUCCCUGGCUCUGCACAUUACAUUAGUUUCACUCUUUUGUAAGGGACACAUUUGUUAAGUAAUGCAUUAAAAGCUAACAUCUUAAAUAUUGUGUAUUUGUACUGUAACCCUGUAGUGUAUGUUGAUUAAAUGUAAAUAUGAUUAAUUUUAUAAAAGGUGUAUGAUACACGAUUCAGAGCAUUGAUAGCAGCAAACAACCUUUAUCUAUGUAAGGAUACAGAGGAAUAAUGUCUAUCUGAGCAGAGAAGUCUCAGCAAUAUUGCCGCCGUUUUCACUGCUAGCAACAAUAGCACUGUUAGCACCGUUAGCACCAUUUGCUGACACAACAGGAAUGCUCUAUGUUUUUUCUUUUUCUUCACAUAUAUAUUAACUACUGUUCUUUAUUCAUUGGAUGAAUGUGUACAGCAGCUUAAUAUUCAAUGAAAUACUUUUGAAAGGUAUGUUUUACUUUAGUCAAAUUAGGAAUUUGCAAUGUUUUACCUGUAGUAUAUUUGUGUGUUUGUUUGAUAUUUGAUUAUUGAUAAUUAACUUAAAAGAAAACUUUUGCAAAAUGUUUUACUUACACAAAAACAACGCUUGUAAUUAAUUCAUCUUUUUUUCAAUACAAUAACGAAAUGUAAUUUUUGGGGGUAGAUUGUGUGUUUUAAUUGUAAACUUGAUUUUGAUUGAUGUAUAGCAAUUAUUUUGCAUACCAUGAAAAAGAAUGACAUUAAUUUUUGCAUUACCUUUUUAAUAAAGAUGAACUACAACAUGA